UUUAAAGUAAGAAGGAGAGAGGGAGACUUAACAAAACGCUUGUUAUUAUUCUCGCCGCGUCGUCUACCUUAGUCUACCCUCCUUUGGCAGCUAUUACAGAGGGCUACUUGUGUCUUAAACAUGUGACUAAGUGAGAGAGGGGCACAGGAGAGAGCUGAGGCGCCCGUGUCUGUUAUCUGCUGCUGGGCGCCUACCUACAGUUUCUACAGAAUCUGGCUCCUCCGCUCCUGAGCUCCUCCAAACAGCGAUGCGGAGUAGGCGGGUCAAGUAGGAAAAAACGGUGCUGGGGUGGAAAUUAUAACGGGAUAUUUAACCAUCUCCGUGGGGCGUCUGUCCGCGUCCCGGUAGCCGCAUUCCGUCGCAUCUGUCCGACGUUGGACCCAGCCGUUUUCUGGCUGAAAACAAAUGCGCAAACGCGUCUUUUUAAUCUUCUAAUCGACAGCCCCUUUGCGCUCCUUGAGUCUCUCUCCUCCUCUUCCUCUCUCUCUCCUCCUCUACUUGUCUCUCCUCUUGACUACAUCUCCUGCUGGAUGAUUUCAUUUUGUAAAGUCAUUAUCCCCUCAAAGGUCAAAGCCUCUGCUUCUAGGAACGCUGAAUUACACUGGGAUAAGCCGACUUUCACCCCCAGCGCACCCGGGCUGCUUUCUCAAAGUUUCUCACUGGUGUAGAACCGUGCGACGGAUUGGUCCGGAGCAGUCUUCCUCACCGAUCACAUUUACCUGUUUUCGGAUCCCUGAGUGUGUGUACCGGUGUUUUUCGGAGUGCUGUGUUUUCUUCGGAGUUGCUAUAGAACGUCAACAAACUGAAAUGAGUUUCUCUACAAUUUCGGCAGUUGAGAGCCACCGAGAUUCACCAAGAGAAUGGGAAAUACUGAGUUAAACUUUACCUGCUGUUCCUAACCGCGGUGUUCGGGGGGCGUUGAGGUGAUGCAGGUCCCCCGGUCAUCCCAGUGGAGGAGCCAGCUAACAACGAGUGGCUUUGGCUGUUGAACCCCCCACCCCCCCCCCACAACACCACCACCACCACCCUCAUCCCUCUCUCGCUCCCUCCAUCUCUGAUGGCUCUAUGGGGCGUCGUCAGCCUCAGCCUUCACUGCUGGGUGUGUUUACGGUCUGCGGUAACAGCAGCAGCAGCAACAGCCAGCCUCCCAAAUGACAAGCCUGGGGGCCCCCUGGACUGGCUCCUGUCUGAUAAGGGGCCCUUCCACCACUCCCCUGAGUACAUUGACUUUGUGGAGAAAAACCGACAAGGCUUCUCCACCAGAUACAAGAUAUACAGGGAGUUUGGAAGAUGGAAGGUGAACAACUUGGCCGUGGAAAGGAGAGAUUUCUUGGAGUCUCAGUUACCUCUGACUUCUGAGUUCAUCAGGAACAUUCGACUCCUGGGCCGCAGGCCCACCACCCAGAUGAUCACUGACAAUCUGAUCAGGAAGUAUGGGACUCACUUCCUGUUGUCAGCUACACUGGGAGGAGAAGAAGCCUUAACAAUAUUUGUUGACAAGAGAAAACUGAGUAAGAAAGCAGAGGUGAGCGAUUACUCGGGUAACUCCUCCACUGUGACUCUGGAAGCUCUGCACCAGCUGGCUGCCUCCUACUUCAUCGACAGGGAGAGCACUCUGCGCAAGCUGCACCACAUUCAGAUCGCCUCCACUGCCAUCAAGGUGACAGAGACCCGUACAGGUCCUCUUGGAUGCAGUAACUAUGACAACCUUGACUCUGUUAGCUCCGUGCUGGUUCAGAGCCCUGAAAAUAAAGUGCAACUGCAAGGCUUGCAGGUGAUCCUUCCGGACUACUUGAGAGAAAGUUUUGUGGAAGCUGCUCUCAGCUAUAUAGCCUGUAAUGGAGAGGGUGAAUUUGUCUGCAAGGACAACGACUGCUGGUGCAACUGCGGCCCCAAGUUUCCAGAGUGCAAUUGCCCCUAUAUGGACAUCCAAGCCAUGGAGGAGAGCCUGGAGAGAAUCACAGAGACAUGGGGAUUGCUUUACAAAGAGUUUGAGGAAUCAGAUGAAUUCAAGGCGUUCUAUGCGAGGCUGCCGCAGAACUAUUUCCUGAACGUGUCAACCAUCCAACACUUGUGGUCCCUGGACAGCCUUUUCCAGUGGCGAUAUGAGCAGUUGGAGAACAGCAUGCGGGUCCUCUCCAGACGAGCCCAGAGAGUCAUCUUCAAGCUCUUCAGUCUGAGCAAAAGAUGUCAUCGACAGCCCCAAGUCCGCCUACCAAGAGAACGGCCUCAGUCCUACUGGCUGAGUCAUUUCCAGUCUCUCCUGUAUUGCUCAGAGAACAACCAGCUUGGUGCAUUCUCUGAGGAACUCCACAGCUGCAGCUGCCGAUACGAACACAGCCCCUGUCAGCUGCCUCCACCCUGCUCUGUUGGGGAAGGCUCUGCCUGUGCGGUUUGUGCAUUAGACAACCACACCCGCUGUGGGAGCUGCAACCCAGGCUUCGCCCUGAUGCAGGGGGCCUGCAGGCCCAUGGUGGCGGACUCUACAGAGAACUACCUGGGAUUUGAGACAGACCUCCAGGAUUUGGAGCUUGGAUACCUACUGCAGAGAGCUGACCGCAGGCUAGAGGUCCAUGCAAUCUUCAUCAGCAAUGACAUGCGACUCAACAGCUGGUUUGAUCCAUCGUGGAGAAAGAGGAUGCUGCUGACGUUGAAAAGCAACAAGUACAAGUCUAACAUGGUCCACAUGCUGCUGGGAAUAUCCCUUCAGAUCUGCCUUACAAAGAACAGCACACUGGAGCCUGCCCUUACUCUCUACAUCAACCCCUUUGGUGGGAGUCAUUCAGAAAGCUGGUACAUCCCUGUCAAUGAGAACAAUUUUCCAGACUGGCAGGCCACUAAGCUGGACCUGCCCUUCGAGUGUUAUAACUGGACUCUGACGCUAGGCAACAAGUGGAAGACGUUCUUUGAAACCAUCCAUAUCUACCUUCGUAGCAGGAUAAAGACUCAGGAUGGAGUGAAUGACAGCGUUUAUUACGAGCCUUUAGAAAUGACAGAUCCUGGUCGUAACCUGGGUUACAUGAAGAUUAACAGCAUCCAGGUCUUUGGCUACAGCAUGCACUUUGACCCAGAGGCAAUUCGUGACUUGAUUCUACAGCUGGACUAUCCAUACACCCAAGGUUCCCAGGACACUGCCAUGCUUCAGCUCUUGGAAAUACGAGACCGGGUGAACCGGCUGUCCCCUCCAGGUCAACAGAGGUUGGACCUGUUUGCCUGUCUUCUCCGACAUCGGCUUAAACUGACUGCCAGCGAGGUGGUUCGCAUUCAUGCCUCCUUACAGGCCUUCAGCUCACGUCUGCCCAAUUCAUUAGAGUAUGAGACCACAAAGUUGUGCAGUUAACAGCUGCUUGAUGGGAGGUCUGGAUUGUAAACAUCCACAAAGAAACUCCUGAACAUGUGAAUUGUGCCAUUCAUGGUGCAAAUGCUUACAGUUGUGCUCUGUCUCUAUGGAUUACCAAACUGUAUGGUUAAUCAGGAGAGGACCAGCUGUGGGCAGCUGAAGAAUGUACUCAUCUGGUUGUUUUGGUUUCUGUUUUGUGGCGACUACCUUCAGUGCUAUAUCAUAAAGAAUGAGGUGGAUCGGUGAGAAAAUACACAACUGUUUCUCAAGAACAUACUCUUAAACAAAAGUAGGAAUUCAGAUACCACUACAUAAAGUUGAACCAUCCUGUUGCAAUAUGACUGCUCAUUUAUACUGUAAGUACCAAUGCCAGAUGAUUGGACAUUUUAUGGUAAAAAUGUCUGUUUGUUUGUAAUUUUUAUAUGUUCCUUUGCUUCAGUGACAGUGCACUUUCCAUGAAGACCAGAAUACAGUGGUGUCAGUCAAAAUUUUGUAGAUAAAUUGAUAUUAAAACAUCAUGUUAUAACAAAUUCCAGCUGUUGGAAUAUUUUUCAUGAUACUUUUAACAUCUUCUAAUUUUGAAAUAUACUCAAAAAGUUGUUACAAAUUGGAGUUGGGGUAAAUGAAUUUGAUCUAAAUGAUUAUAACAGCUAUGCAGCAAUGAUCAGAGUAUUUUUUUUUGCAAUUAUGUCAAUGUGUCUCGGCAUUUUCUGCUCACUUCACUUCACAAAAAUUCACCCAGGAAAUUCUGUUCCAACAGCAAACAACCUAAAACUCAAAGAGAUGAGAAAAACACUGCAUGUCUAAUCACACAUAUUUUCUUUUACUUCAUCCACACUAGCAGUUCAGACAAACAAGUUAAAAGAUGCACUGUGUAGCAUUUCCAAUCAUCAAUCUAUAAACCGUCACUCACCUUGAUAGGGCUAUUUUAAAAUUAUAUGGACACUAUUUGGUUCUAUUACAUGGGAACCUAUUUGUUCUCCUCUUUAAGAACAAACAACAGUAUAUUAUUUACAGUUUUACUUACUUUUAGCUUUACUCACUUAUGCUGUAAACCCAUCAAGUAAAUUUCCUGCCAAAUCUGAUACAUUGGUGCACAAUAAAAAUUGCAGCAGGCGAGUAAAAGGCAGAGGUCGGCUACGGUACUUGACAAUAACUGACAGGUUCCAUGGUUCAGUGCAGGUUUCAGGCCAUUUUUAAACAUAGUGUACAGGACCAGUACCAGGUUUGGGGGUGCAAGUAAUAAAAUGUAUUUUUAUUGAAAGAAAUGUAAGAAAAAGGCAUGCCUGCUUCUUUCUGUUUUCAUCUUUCAAACGUUCUCUCUCUGCAGUGUGUUGCAUGUAGCAUCCUAUUUUCACCAGAUGUGUUUGAGCUAUGUUUUCCAAUCUUCUCAGUCUUAUGUGUGAUGGAACAGAUACAUGCACUUUAACCAAUGUAGCUACUCCAGCUGUGUAGUGACUUGCACCCCACUCACACUUUAUAUGGGUAACUGUGACCUGAUGCCUUUUUCAACACUUUUUUUAAUCACUUAGUGUACAUCUGCAGUUAUGCUUAUUGUGUUGUGAGCUCUGUCAAGCACGUCUUGAUUGCACAGCAGUACUGUGGCCGAACAGAUCCAAUGUAGACACAGACAGAGAAAGCAGCUGUUGCUAUUGUACUGCUGACAUGCUGCUGAUAUGCUGCCUCUGCUGCGUGGCCAGUUUAGACAAGGUGAUGGGACCAAAUACCAAUUAGAUUCAGGCAGCACACAGCACUUUGUGUUCAAUUCAAGUGGAGCUUCUGAAGGAGCACAAAGGGGGAAGGGGGGCAGGUGUAUUUGUU